AUGGCUUACGUUCUUUACAAUUAUACACCAUCCCUAGCCGCAGCAGUUGUGUUUGUCAUCCUAUUUGUGAUAGUGACAUUAAUUCAUAUCAUUUUGGCAUGCAAAACAAAAGCGAAGUUUCUCAUCGCUUUCAUCUUUGGCGGUUGUUUAGAGGCCAUCGGUUAUGCAGCAAGGGCUGUCAACGCGCAUGAUGCUCCGACCUACACUGUCACUCUAUACGCAAUGCAAAGCCUUUUCAUCUUGCUAGCUCCAUCAUUAUUCGCUGCAUCAAUCUACAUGAUCCUAGGUCGGAUCAUUCGGUUGACCAAUGGUGAUUCCAGGUCUCUCAUUCGAGGAACGCGAUUGACCAAAAUUUUCGUUUGCGGUGAUGUUUUGGCGUUCCUUAUCCAAUCUGGAGGCGGUGCAAUCAUGUCAAGUGCAAAAACUGCGAGCAAGAUCAAGCUUGCUGAAGAUAUCAUUAUUGUCGGACUUGUCGUUCAAAUCCUUUUCUUUGGCUUCUUUGUCAUAGUCUCUGUUGUAUUUCACUGGCGGAUGUCAAGCAACCCUACCUCUGCAGCGCUUGGAACCUCGGUCAAUUGGCAACGUUACCUCAUCGUGCUAUACUCUGCCAGCUUUUUCAUCAUGAUUCGUUGCAUUUAUCGGGUGAUCGAGUAUAUUCAAGGAUCGACCGGGAGUCUACAGAGUCACGAGUACUUCGCAUACAUCUUCGAUGCCACGUUGAUGGUUUUGGUCAUGGUUAUUUUUGUUAUCUUUCAUCCUGGCCAGAUCUCUGAAAGGGGAGAAACAAAAUUGGAUGAGACAGAGCUCAUGUACGAAAGGUCAGCUUAA